CACACCACACUGUGGUCGAAGCACUUAAUACACGCGGCUAUGCUUAUCUACACUUCAGCAGAAGCGAAACCAACUGCGAUAUCUUUACUAUUCGCAAUAUGAACUCUGAUAAACAGGUGUAAAUGUGUGCAUUUUUAGUUACGCAAAAGACGGAAGGAAAUUCAAGGUGAGCUCAACUAUGCAACUGUCUCACAGAAUUUCAUUUUUUAUUUACUUAUUUUUUACUGGAAUAUAUCCUAUAAACAGUUAUACUAUUCUACUCUAUGGACUAUUACUAACUAUAUCCUGUUAAUCACGUCGAAAAUGGUUUUUAAAUUCGCUGUAGGUUUGCCUUGCAAUUUCAGCAGUAUGAAAGCGUUACUGAAACUAAGCAUCAAAUGACUCGAUCAGAAAGUGAUUAUGAAUCUAAACACUACUUUGAUCUGCCAAACUCAGACGCAUGUAUCUCGGACUCUGUAGGCUAUCAUUGAAAUAAAUGACACAAGGAAACAUAAAAAGAGGUAAAAGAUCAGCUUGAUACCGUGAUUAAUAUCAAUUUCAUUUAUGUUCGGUGUCAGGUGACAAUGAAAGGCUCACCCGCGAACGUCACUGAGUGUACCGACUAUUUUUAUUUAAUACUUCAACUUGAACUUUCAGUUAGUAAAUGUUUUACUGUGGCAGCAGUAAAUCAGCUGAAAGAAAGAGUCUGUUUUGUUUUCCAUCACUUUUUUGGUUACGCAGACGUUUGCAGACAAAAGCAAACGCUUUAAAGGAUAACUGGGCCACAGUAACAUGAAAGACAACUGGUUUUUACCGUAUUACAGUUAAAUGCGUGUUUUUCUAAUCUACUUCCGAAUUUAGGAUUCUUGUAAUGGCAGUUUCAUUAGCGUUUCGUUUCUGAUCCGGAUCCGCAGUCUUCCCAGUUUUUUCGUGCAUUUUUCUUUUGUUUCCGACAGCGAUCGAGAUUCCAGCCAAUGUGUGUCGCCCGCUAUCCAGCGUGGAAAUCCUGCGGUGGGGGACCAGCGUUCCGCAUUUUCUUUUUCCUAGUCUUGUUUUUCUAAAGCGCUUUUGAGCUGCGGCGCUUUGAGAAGCUUUGAAGCUGCUCUGAGAGCGGGUUUUUUAAUUAUUAUUAUCCAUAAACAGACCUAUAGACUACAUUUAAUCAGUUAAAAUGGCGUUUUAACAAUACAUACACUUUUUUAAUCGAAAGUGGGAAAACUGCCGUAAUUUCGUUUUUCGAAAGGAAUAACUGAGUGACUGUACGUUAAACGUGGCACAUAUAUGAUUGAUUACAAAAUAAUAUUAUGUAAAGUAAUAUUACAUGACGUUGAAAUACUCCAAACAAUCUUGGAAGGAACCAGCAAGCCGGACACCGCAUACUAAAUAUAUGCUCUUGCCCCUUGCCAGAUCUCCCCAGCCUGCCAUGCUCCUGGCCUGGGUGUGCCAUAUAUGGUGUGUGGGUGUUCUCCUUCCUCCAGCCCAGGCAUCGACCCCUGGAUCCCACAUGUACCAGGCUUACGGCAGCGACGCGUUUCACAAAUCCGCAUUGCUGGAGUCGCUGCAGUGCCACAACGACUACUUCUCCUACAUCCGCUGCAGCUGGACAGAGAAAACUGAGGCACGGACCCCUGUGUUCCUGUUUCACCUGGACACAGAGGAAUACAGAGAGUCCCCAUGCUUGCCAUACCGACCCCCCAUCCACCUUCCGGGUGGCUGGACCACCUUUCAGUGCCAAUACAACACCACCAUGUUUACCAUCGGAGAGAAUGAUGGAUUCCUCUUCAGGACGCCGCAUGUACACCUGCUGUCCUGGGUGUUCAACCUGUCCCUACAUGAGAGAAGCUGUCUUCUGCUGAACGUGUCGCCCACACUUUCUGAGAGGGGCGGGGCCUUGUUACACUGGCGGACCUGCUUACGUCAGUCACCUGCAGCGAAUUACCAGCUGAGCUACAGGCCACUGGAGGGCAACUGGGAGGUCGUGGAGGUUUCAGCGAUGGCAUGGAAAAUCGAGGCAGAUUCUUUGGCGAAUGGUUCUUGGUAUGAGGCCAAAGUAAGGGCCCCAGUAGGAAGGGGAUCCUGGGGUGACUGGAGCCCCGUGGUGCAGUGGAAGACUAAAGGCACCAUGUUACCAGGUCCCACUAACCUGCAGUGCCUCUCUGACGGGGAGCUGAAGGUGCUCUGCAGCUGGGAACUGAGCAAGGAGCUGGCCCGGUUUGUCAUCUACCGGCUCUGGUACCGGUUCCGCGGCAUAGCCAAGAAUGAGCUCUGUGGUGACCCCAAGGUCAGUGAAAAACCCGGUGAGCCAGCGCUCCUGUUCAGCUGUUCCCUCCUCCUGGUCUCACAGCACAGUGAGCUCCUGUUAAACCUCACCCCCACCUACAUCUUCAGGUCGUUCCCCGUGGCCGAACACAUCUGGCUCCCCCACCCCGACCUUGUGCAGGUUAAAGAGAAAGACGGACACUGGAAGUUAAGUUGGACCCCAUCAAAGACAGAGUUGGUGCCAGUCAUUUAUGAGAUAUGCUACUGGUGCAUUGAAACACCGAAAGAGCGACACUGCUACAAUUCACCUCUCACCUAUUCAGACAUCAGUCAGGCAUCUCUCUUGAGUGGGUCACGCUACACUGCCCAGGUGAGGGCCAUGAUUGGCCCUAGCGAAUACAGAGGAAACUCAUCUGAUUGGUCAGAGCCAGUAGAGUGGACCACACCCCCAGCCGUCAGCAUGCUGGUGUACCUCCUCCCUGGUGCCUGCGUGAUCAUAUUCGCCCUCAUCCUCCUGUAUGGAUUCCCGUCCUGUUCCAGGAUCAUUCAGUCGUGGCUCAAAUCCAUCCCGACACCUUUGAAGAGCAAAGUGUUGAACAUGGGGUUCCCCGCGAGCUGGCUGGCUGUGCACAUUGAGCAGGACCAGGCCACCAUCAGCAGUGUGGAAAUGCUGGAAAACACCCAGAUACCGCCAGCCUGCCUCGAUUUGUCAGGUCACCACAGCCAGCCAAUGUGGCUGAUGUCUGCGGAUGACAUGGGACUGUACCAAUGCAUCGCUGAACAGGGGUGGGAGUCAGCCUCAGAUCGCGGAGGACAGCGCCACAAUGGGCCGAGCAAAGACACACCCCUUGCAUGUUUGGCGCUCCCCUUCAUCAUCGGUCCUUCAGGAUUUCCCCUGCCAGAUGGGCUGGCCAUCAACCAUCUUUGUGGAAGAGACGACCCCUACGUGUCUCCUGCCUGCCAGUCGGCACUUACCCGUUGUGUCUUGCAGUAUGUUGAGGUGCCGUCGCCCUCCACUGGCCCCUAUCUGAAGGCCACGGUGGAUGAGAGUCUGGAAUCCUGCAAGCUGCAGCCCCUGUUGAAUUUGGACAGUGACUCCUAUACCCCAGCAUCCACCCCCUUGCUCACCAAAGCUCCAUCACAGGUGUGAUGUGCCCUCGGGGCUGUUGCUAUGGAGGUCUGUUGCCAAGCCCAGUCAGAGGGGCCCUCUCAAUUAAGCCUUUCUCACUGGGCAGUUAAGGACACUUAACGGACCACAGAGCAGGAAUAAAAAUGCACCACUAGAGGGCAGCAUAGAGAAACUGCUCUAUUUUUCUGUCUAACAAGAAGCCUCAAGAGAGAACUACUGAUGCUAAAAUUACCCGGGAUUUUGUCGCCUAAUUAAUACUUUGCGCAUAUUAUAGCAUUAAUUGAUAUUGCACUGGAAGCUGGAUAUUCUUAAAUUCCGUGAAGCUUCAAAACCAGGGAGAUAGCAGUGCAAAAUUCUUCAAAGACUCUGAGAGUGUCUUGUAGCCAUUGUUUGAAAGUGCUAGUGAUCUUGCGGCCAAAGAUAAUCUGUCCGAUCAGUGAUACAGACUAAGACUGAGCUUUUAUCCUCUCACUGAUUACAUCUUUUCUUUACUGACUGUGUAUCUCUAACAGAAACGCGUGCGUCUACAUAUCCUGUGAAGCAGAUUUUUGACCACAGACCAGUUUUUAUGUCGGAUAAGAAUCAGAUUUUAUCUGUGAGCUCAACAUUAAGUCAGGGAUGAUUUUUUUUUCAUCUCUCAAUAUUCAACAUUACGGAACACUUAUAUUAUUCCUUUUUUACAGAGAUGUGUCAUAUUACCUCUGGAUUCCAAUAAAAUGGCCAAUAAUUUCUGUUAAUAA